CGGGCGGGAGGCGGGGCGGCCUGCCGCUCGGGUCUCUCGCGGCCGGAAGUGGGGACUCCGCGGCGAUUCCGGCAUGGGGACCUCACUGGACAUCAAGAUUAAAAGAGCGAAUAAGGUGUACCACGCCGGGGAAAUGCUGUCGGGCGUGGUGGUCAUCUCCAGCAAGGAUCCCGUGCAGCACCAGGGCGUGUUUCUGACCAUGGAAGGAACCGUGAACCUCCAGCUCAGUGCCAAAAGCGUCGGCGUGUUCGAAGCAUUUUACAAUUCUGCGAAGCCAAUCCAGAUUAUCACCAGCACCAUAGAAAUGGUGAAGCCAGGGAAGUUUCCCAGCGGGAAGACGGAGAUUCCCUUCGAGUUUCCUCUGCACGUGAAGGGGAACAAGGUCCUGUAUGAGACCUACCAUGGCGUGUUUGUCAACAUUCAGUACACCCUGCGCUGUGACAUGAAGCGGUCUCUGCUGGCCAAGGACCUGACCAAGACCUGUGAAUUCAUCGUCCAUUCCACUCCUCAGAAGGGGAAGCUGACUCCGAGUCCUGUGGACUUCACCAUCACACCGGAAACCUUGCAGAAUGUCAAGGAGAGAGCCUCGCUCCCCAGAUUCCUCAUUAGAGGACAUCUGAACUCCACCAGCUGCGCCAUCACACAGCCGCUGACGGGCGAGCUGGUGGUGGAGCACUCGGAUGCUGCGGUCCGCAGCAUUGAGCUGCAGCUGGUCCGCGUGGAGACCUGCGGCUGCGCGGAAGGCUACGCGCGCGACGCCACGGAGAUCCAGAACAUCCAGAUCGCCGAGGGCGACGUGUGCCGGGGCCUGCCGGUGCCCGUCCACAUGGUCUUCCCGCGGCUCUUCACCUGCCCCACGCUCGAGACCACCAACUUCAAAGUGGAGUUCGAGGUGAACGUCGUGGUGCUGCUCCACGCCGACCACCUCAUCACCGAGAACUUCCCGCUCCGGCUGUGCCGCACCGAGCCCGCCCGGCCCGGGCCCGUGUGACCCGCAGCGGCGGCCUCGCCUCCGCCUGCCCACCCGCGCGCCCUCGCUCACGGAGCCGCGGCGGGCGGGCGCUGCCCCGUGAUGACCGGUAGUUGGAAGGGCUUGGACCCCUCCACGGGGCGGGGCCUGCCCACGCCUCCCCCAACCCCUCUGGGCCCUGGCCAGGGGUUCGCCGGGCCAGCUUCCCCAGCCUGUCAGGGGAGGCCGAGCGGCCCGCGACGCCCCUUCCUAGGCUUCACUGCGAGGGUGGCGGUGGCGGACCGAAGGCUUCCAGCCCCUCCGUCAGGUACCGGCACAGCGCCUUCUUUUUUUACAACGUCACCCCGUUUUCUUGGUCCCCAGUUAAUGAGCCCUGAAAGGAGGUGCGCUCCUCUGCACACUGGCCAGCCUUCCCUUGCGGGACUAGGCGGGCUCACCCUGGGGCCCUGGGGGCCGCAGACGCAGGCAGCCCGGCCCCGCCCCGCAGGCAGCCCGGCCCCGCCCCGCC